GAGCUCUGAAAAAAGUGAAUAAAUUAUUAGUAAAUAAACAAAUAAAACAGAGAGAAAUUAAUAUGAAGAACAACUUCUUCUUUCUUUCCAAUUCCACUUCUCUCAAAGCUACAUUCUUUUUUCUUUUGCAAAUGUAAAGUUUGGUUUUUUCUUCACAAAAGAUUAAUGGCUAAGUGUCACCGAAACCACAUCGGAUCCAUAGUCUUCGACCGACCUUCCGCCACCACCACCACUUCCGUUAACCACUUCAGACUAUGGACAGCCUUCUCCGGCGCCGCAUUCCGAAGAAAAUUCUUCGAUGCUGUAAGCUGCGGCGCCAGCUCCCGCCACCGCCACCAACUCGUGCAAGAAGUGCUCAACGACACCGCCCCUCAGCCUACUCCGCCUCCCACCACCACGAUUAAGUCGGUCUUGAAAGAGUCCAACGAAACAAAAACAGCAGACAGAGUAGUGAAAAAACCCAACAAAAGUGGCAAGCCAGAGAAGCUAGCGGAUCUCUUGAACUUAGCGGAAGCUGAAACUGAUGCUGAGACUAAGAAGAAAGUGGAAGCUUUGGAGGAGUUGAAGCGGGUGGUUAAGGAAUUGCAAGUGGAAGAAGAAGAAAACAAGAGAAAAGCUGCGAGUAGAAUAAGGCUGCUUACUAAAGAAGACUCUGAAGCCAGAGUGACUUUGGCCAUGCUCGGAACUAUUCCGCCAUUGGUUGCAAUGCUUGAUUUUGAAGAUUCUGAUUCACAGAUCGCUGCUCUCUAUGCUUUGCUUAAUCUAGGAAUCGGAAAUGACGCGAACAAAGCAGCCAUUCUUAAAGCAGGGGCUGUGCAUAAGAUGCUAAAGCUUAUUGAAUCCCCAAAUGCACCAAGCCCGGCAGUUUCAGAUGCCAUCGUAGCAAAUUUCCUAGGCUUGAGUGCCUUGGAUUCAAAUAAGCCUAUCAUUGGAUCUUCAGGGGCUAUUCCUUUCUUGGUAAAGACCCUCAAGAUUUUGGACAGAGAAAGUAGGUCUCAAGCAAGACAGGAUGCUCUUCGAGCUCUUUAUAAUCUAUCCAUUUCCCGAUCAAACAUUUCCUUCAUUCUGGAAGCUGAUUUGAUACCCCUUCUGCUGAAUGCCUUGGGAGACAUGGAAGUUAGUGAAAGAAUUCUUUCAAUUUUGAGCAAUGUAGUAUCCACUCCGGAAGGUAGAAAGGGCAUUGGUACUGCCCCAGAAGCAUUCCCAAUUUUGGUUGAUGUGUUGAAUUGGACUGACUCGCCAGGUUGCCAGGAGAAGGCAUCAUACAUUCUCAUGGUUAUGGCACAUAAAGCAUAUGGAGACAGACGGGCCAUGAUUGAUGCAGGCAUUGUUUCAUUAUUGCUUGAACUAACACUUUUGGGUAGUACGUUGGCACAGAAGAGAGCUUCUAGAAUUUUGGAGGUCCUGAGAGUAGACAAAGGGAAGCAAGUCUCAGAGAACUUUGGUGGGAGUAUGAGUGCAGCAGUGUCUGCCCCUAUUUGCGGGUCUUCAUCCUCUUCAACAAACCCAAAUGGAAAGGAGUGCUUGGUAGAAGAAGAAGGCAUGAUGAGCGAGGAGAAGAAAGCUGUAAAACAAUUGGUCCAACAGAGUUUGCAGAACAAUAUCAGGAGAAUUGUCAACAGGGCCAAUUUGCCACAAGAUUUUGUUCCAUCAGAACAUUUCAAGUCCCUCACAGCAAGCUCAACUUCAAAGAGCUUACCCUUUUGACCAAAAACGGAUUGGCCAUUGCAAUUUGCAUUGAAGGGAGAAUGAAGAAGAGAUUCAGUAGUUAGUCUUGUUUCUAAAAUCCCAUUGUGCUUUUCUUAUUUUUGUAGCUUUUGUCAACGUAUGAUAUAGCCAUUGUCAAUAUUCCAUCAGUGUCCUAUCAUAAGCUUUGUAGAAACUAGAAAACGUUUCUUCUUUUGGUGUAUGACCAAGUAGCCCGUUUUGCCUCAGUUCUAAACUUCAAAUUCAUCCAUGUGUGAUCCGCUUUGGUCUGAAUAAAAAUAAGACCUGCCAAAUAAAAUGUCCUGCUAAAGUUUUUAAAAAAUGAACCUUUCCGGAUCUGAAUAAUAAAGAACCAUGAAGUCGUAUGAACAAAAAAAAAAGAAAAGAAAAAGAACCAUGAAUUCACAAACGGUUCUGAAGGACGAAAUCCUUUGUUCCAAGAGAUGCCUGGCUGUCAGUGGUAUGGCAAGCAAAACAGGAAAAUCCGAGGGUUGAUAUUGUCAAUUAGAUUAGUGUUCUUGCCAUCUGGAUCUCUACGUCCCUAAA